AUGCUUCACUUUUCACAGAAAUUUAACUAUUUUUCCAUUUAACCAGCAGAUGUCGCUGGCACUCAGCAAAACUAUUUACUAUACUGUAUAUGGACAGUUUAAUGUAGCUCUAUCUUAUCGGAACAUGCGGUUUUCAUACGGCUAACGUUAAAAAACAAAAACAAAACACUGGAUAAGCCUUGAACCACUAAACCUAGCAUUUGAGUACCCAGGCUAUUUAUCUGUCUGUCUGCCUUAAAACAUCCAUGCACUAUUCAUCAUGCUUUAUUACCACGAAAGCCAACACAGAAUAUUAGUUAGGGAGGUUUUUCUAUCUGUUUUCCAUCUUAAGUAGUAGUUAACAACUGAAUUAAAACGAAAAAUAUUUAAUAAGUAGCGUUUAAUAAUUCGUUAAAAUUGAUUAGUUUCUUGUGUUAAACGCGAUUUUACAGUCUUCCCACGGGACAUUGAACGCUGCACAACUAGGCUAUAUCUCGCGAGACUUCCCUUCGACAACAUUGUACGUGGCUUCACAGCUGAGCAGAGUACUGGGAGUGUUUACUGGGUUCUACUGGUUUAAGCUAACAUUACAGAAAUGCGUGUUGACAACGUACGAAGGUCAAAUAAAUGCUGCGUGUUGUGAGUUAAUGCGUUUGAGUUCGAACACGGAGCGGUAACGUUAGCUUCCUCGUCACCCAGCAGCAGCAGCAGCAGCGCAGCCUGACUGAUCAUCCAGCCCCGGGUUGAUAUGGCAGAGAGAGGGUCGACGGGUGAAUUCUCCGGCUCUCUGACGAGCUCGACUCUUCCUCCGCCGAGGACCCGCAUCUUUAAAAUCAUCGUGAUCGGGGACUCCGGGGUCGGGAAGACCUGCCUCACUUACCGCUUCUGUGCCGGCAAGUUCCCCGAAAAGACCGAGGCCACGAUCGGUGUGGACUUCAGGGAGAGGCUGGUGGAGAUCGACGGCGAGAAUAUCAAGAUCCAGCUGUGGGACACUGCAGGCCAGGAGCGCUUCAGGAAGUCCAUGGUGCAACACUACUACCGUAAUGUGCACGCCGUCGUCUUUGUCUACGACGUCACCAAUGCCGCCAGCUUCCGCAGCCUCCCCGCCUGGAUCGAGGAAUGCAAGCAGCACGCUCUGGGCACAGAGGUUCCGAGGAUCCUAGUGGGGAACAAGUGCGAUCUCCAAGACUCCAUCCAAGUGGGCACGGAUGUGGCGCAGCAGUUUGCCGACGCCCACUCCAUGCCACUGUUUGAGACAUCUGCAAAGAACCCAAACAGCCAGGGAGACGGAAGCUGCGGAAACAGUGACCACGUCGAGGCUAUUUUUAUGACGGUUGCCCACAAGCUCAAGUCUCAGAAGCCUCUGGUGUUAAGCCAGCCGCCCGGAGGAUCAGGGGGCACCAUCAACCUGAGCAGGGGGAGGGAUGAUAGUGGAGACGGGGGUAGGGGCUGGGGCUGCAGCAGCUGCUGAGGGAGAAAGAUGGAGACAAAGAGGAAGAGGACCUCAGCCUCAAGGAUGGAUCAAGUAAAACGGUUUCACAAUCAGAAACACACAUACAGUAUGAAUGUGUCCAUUAAGACAGAAGCACAAGCUCGUGCUCACAUUUCUAAAUGACCUUAAAUGUUUUUUUGGGUUGUAUUUACAGUAUGAUUGUUGUUUUUCUCGGAACGCCAAAAUCUACUGUUGGUUCAUGGAAAUGAUUCUGAACUUGGCCAAAAAUCAGAUUUUGGGUCAGUCCUGAGCCAGUUGACCUACCUACAUGGGUUCAGUGGCAGAAAACAUAGAGACACAGUGGCAUUAAUAAAUAACGUAAAGAGCACCUGAGAUUGUUGGGAGGAAAAAGUGUCAUCCACGGAAAUGUCUUUCUUUAUGACAGCUUGUGAGAUGUCCAAACGUCUGCCUCUUGUGGGAACAAUGAGCCGAAACAACUUCCACUGUCACACAUCAGCCAAAAAAAUAAAGUCCAGACAAAACCAACAUCUCAUCGUGAAGAAGCACCUACUGGCCAGGAUACGCAACUUGCAUUAAUUUUUUAUCAGGAAAUUAAAAUGUGACUUUUUUUAUGCCAAUUGAUGGAAAGAGGAAAAAAUAACAGAACACCUUACAUUAUAAUACAAUCCAACAUUACAGGCUACCACAUAUGUGACAUGUUAUUUAUAUAAUCAGUUACCUGAGAAGAUCAACUCUGCUAGUUUUUAAGUUUGUGGUAAUGUGGUAAUGCCCACAUA